CAUCUCUAUAAAGGCUGAGCUGCCCUGGCGGAGAGGAUUCCCGCAGCUGUCAGAGUCCUUGGCCACGGUCUUCCGGGCGACCACGGGCGGGCAGGCAGGCAGCAGCACCCUGGCUGAUGCGAGGCAGCCCUAGCGGAGCCCAGCAGUGAGAGCUCAGGGUGAGCGCGCAGCCAGCUCUGGGGCCCUACGUGGGUGCAGUGCCCGGGCAGCAGAGGAUUGAAUGCGUGGAAUAAAAAAACAACUGGUGUAAAAUGACUGGACUCUGAAUAAGUCGCUGAGGCCAUCCCAGGAAUUCUGAAUCCAGGUGCAUUUGCCACAGUGUCUGACACAAAUCCCCCCCCCCCCCAGGUGAUCAAAAUGAUGCUCAACGCCUCCACCGAUGAUGGCAUCAAAAGAAUUCAGGAUGACUGUCCCAAAGCCGGCAGACACAACUACAUAUUCAUCAUGAUCCCCACACUAUACAGUAUCAUCUUUGUAGUGGGGAUUUUUGGAAACAGCUUGGUGGUGAUUGUCAUCUACUUUUACAUGAAACUGAAAACUGUGGCGAGUGUCUUUCUUUUGAAUUUAGCCCUGGCCGACUUAUGCUUCCUGCUGACUUUGCCACUCUGGGCAGUCUACACCGCCAUGGGAUACCGCUGGCCUUUUGGUAAUUACCUGUGUAAGAUUGCUUCCGGCAGCGUCAGUUUCAACCUGUACGCCAGUGUGUUUCUCCUCACCUGUCUGAGCAUCGAUCGCUACCUGGCGAUUGUCCACCCCAUGAAGUCCCGCCUUCGGCGCACCAUGCUGGUGGCCAAACUCACCUGCAUCGUCAUUUGGCUGCUGGCUGGACUGGCCAGCUUGCCAACCAUCAUCCACCGCAAUGUAUUUUUCAUUGAGAACACCAACAUCACAGUGUGCGCUUUCCAUUAUGAAUCCCAAAACUCAACCCUCCCCAUCGGGCUGGGCCUAACCAAGAAUAUCCUGGGCUUCUUGUUUCCGUUUCUCAUCAUCCUGACAAGUUACACCCUCAUCUGGAAGGCCCUGAAGAAAGCUUACGAGAUUCAGAAGAACAAGCCAAGAAAUGAUGAUAUCUUCAAGAUUAUUAUGGCCAUUGUGCUUUUCUUCUUCUUUUCCUGGGUCCCCCACCAGAUCUUCACGUUUCUGGAUGUCCUGAUUCAGCUGGGCAUCAUCCACGACUGCAGAAUCGCAGACAUUGUCGACACAGCCAUGCCCAUCACCAUCUGCAUUGCUUAUUUUAAUAACUGCCUCAACCCCAUUUUCUAUGGUUUCCUGGGGAAGAAAUUUAAAAAGUAUUUCCUCCAGCUUCUAAAAUACAUGCCCCCAAAGGCCAAGUCCCACUCAACCCUGUCAACAAAGAUGAGCACGCUGUCCUACCGCCCUUCGGAUAACGGAAGCUCAUCCUCCAAGAAGCCAGUCCCUCGCCUUGAGGUGGAGUGACAGACAUACUGUAACCCCGUCUCUGAAGUCAUCUUGGGAAAAGAAGGGACAGAGAGCAUUCCUACUCAGCACUUCACUCCCCUAAGAGCGCUAACUGACUUUUCCAAAUUGAAAAAGAUGGUUUAUGCAGACUGAUGUUUCUCUUAAGGUUCUGAAGAAAAGCUUUCCUUUCCCUUUGUAGCAAAAGCCAACCAAGACACAUUCUGCAUUAUCUGAGAGAUGAACACGUGAAGGUGGAAGUCAGAAACUGAAUGGAAUAUUUUACUAGCAAAAAAAAUAUUUUACCGGCAAAAAAAAAAAAAAAGCACUCUAGAGCCGGGUGGUGGUUGAACCAUGUGCAGAGACCUGAGUUAAAGCCCCUUAUCCCCACCUGCAAAGAGAAAACUUCAAAAGUGUUGAAACAGUACUGUGCUGUAGGUGUUUCUUUUUUCUUCUCCAUUUCUCUUUCUCUUGCCUGCUCAAUUUCCCUCAUCUGCCCUAUCAAAUAUAAAGAAAAAAAAAAAGCACUCUCUUCAAUCUACUCUUAUCUUCCUCCUCCUCUCUCUCCUUUUUUUUUUAAUGUGCACAUAAAUGUAUUUAGAAUAUAUUGGACCUUUAGAGGAACAAUAGGAGAUCAGAGCUCUCAGAUUCACUCUGUUGGAUUUCCAUAAGGGCAGGAAAGCUUUUGUGCCUCGUUAGUGAUUAACAACUGUGGCCCACGUGUUCCUGCUACGACACAUUCUGUCAAGGACUGGCUAGGCUGUAGUUGUCAAGUUUCUAAAGUGUUUGUGGAAUUCAACCAGUGUCUCGUAGCUUCAUGCUAAUAAAACAAGCCAGUUCAAAUGGUUUACUUGUAUAAUGUUACUGAAGUCAGUGUAUGUAAGUCAAACUACUUGUAAAAGUGUUUCUCUGGCACAAGGUAAUUGUAUCUUCCUGGUCAUAUUAUUUCAUUUCAGAUCUGAGAAAUACAUAUAUUUUGUGAUUAAAAAAAAAGGAAGAGUAUGUAUCACAAAGUAUGCUUCACUAUUUUGAAAACUAUAUAGUUUACCUGUAUUUGUCUAUGUACAUCUAUAUCACUAGCUGUUGUUACUUGUUUAAAAUUCAGCAGUUAUAUUUAUAUCAAAAUAAAGGAAUUUUGUUAUGAUG